AUGGAUUCUGCAAUCUUAAAAUCUACUCAAAAUCUUUCUACUUCUGAGGAAAUGAGGAACCAAACCAAACUUAUAAUGCAGCCUUAUGCAAACUGGGAAGAGUAUCUGACUCCAGCCCCUCUAUCCAUAGCCAUCCUGGGAGAGUUGGUAUUCAUCUCGUCCUCAACAGAUUUCUCUAUCAAUAAAAAUCCCCCAAAAGAUGGCUAUAAAUUCAUCAAAUACCCUGAUUCCUUUCGUGCUUGCCUCAUGCAAGUGUGUAACUCUGGCUGGUGGGCAUUUAAUGAAGCCCAUAAGAACAUGGAUCAGAUUCGCCUCUAUACUGCCCAAGUUCCAGAUUACAUGAAAACUGCUGUGAAGAUUCUGUUCCAAGGCAAUGAUGAAGUUGUCAAAGCUCAUCUUCCUGAUCAGCUGGAAAAUAUCCAAGACAUUGCAAAUGAAUGUCUUGAGUUGUCUAAUGCAGCUGAAAAACGUUUCACUGAUGUCAUCAAUAUCAUUCAAGAACUGCUGGAAGCUUGUGUGAAUGCAGAGCACUUUUAUGGGGAAGAGUUGGAAGCAGUUAAGAAGAAGCUGGAAGAGAGCAAACUGAGGGAGCAGUCAGCUGAAGAGACCAAGAAAAGAACUAAGAAGGCAGUGAGUACCAUGGAGAAGGAACUAGAUCAGGCUCAUGAGAGCUACAAUGCAGCUCUCAAAUCUCUCCCUGAUGGUUGGGAAAUGAUUGGCAUGGAUGUUGUGGGUGGGAUAUCACAGAGUGUUACAGUCCUGGUUAAUGGUCUGAUAAACUAUGCUACUCAGUCAUCAAUAAUGAUGUCUUUACCAGCAUCUGCUAUUGUUGACACUGCAAGCCACAUUAAUGUUCAAGAAAGGGCAAGAGAUGUGGUAGCUGAAAUAAACGCAUAUAGCAAGUCAAUUGAAAUUUUAAACUGUGCACAGACUAUCCAGCAAUUAAUGAAUGUAAAUAGUACAGCUGAUGACAUUGACUGGAUAAAUAUGUAUGAUCAGAAGAACAAAACUACAAAGACAGAUUUCACAGCAAAACAGUUUGAAAGAAUCAACGCAACUUUAAAGAAAAUCUCUGACUGCCCGGCAAAGACAGAAGCUCAGGUGUUAUGCAAAGAUGGUAUAGAAAUAUGCAACCAGCUUGUAAAAUAUGCCGCAGAUGGCAAAUGUGACAAAAGCACUGACAUAAUAAACAAGGUCUUGGGUCUGGUCAAGUUAGCUCAUAGUUUUGAUAGCAAAAGCAAAGCCAUCACAAAUUCUCCAGGCAUUUUCCCAAAACCACCAAUGAUGCAUAAAGAAGAAAACAAAGUAGAUAGAGGAAGUAUCUUACAGAAGGCCACAGAGAAUGCACGAUUCUCCAUAGAGCAGACCCGAGCUCAGCUAAACAAGACAAGAGAAACUUAUGAAAAGUGUUUGGAGAACCUAGAGAAGAACCAGAAGGAACUAACUGAAAUCCUGGUCACUAUGAGAAAUUGUGAACUGAAAAAGAUUGACUUCAAUACUACCAUAAAGAUGCUGGUCAAAGGAAUGGAUGCCAUGGGGAGAGUGAAGGAACAAUGGGAGAAGAUGGUUCCCAACAUUGUGAAAACCAGCCUGAGCAAAACUCUCACAAACUUUGUCUCAACAUCAGAGAAGACACAAGCCCUGACCUACAAUGCAAAGCUCUUCUCAAAAGAUCUGCUGUACACUCAAGCCUUCCAAGCCAGUAACAUUGCUAGUCUGGUCCAUAUGAUCUCUGCAACAUACACAGAUGUUUCCAGCAAGUACCUGAUGGACCGCGUCAGUUCACUGGGCAAACUAAUGGCCAUGGAUACAAGUAAGCCAGAAUUCAAGCAUGAGCGAAACCAGCUCCAGAACGGCUGUGAUGAGGCACAGAAAGGCAUCUUAAAGCUUGUCCUGAAGAAUAAAGAUGAGUAUGACAUCAAGAGCACCGCAAGACUAGAAAGGAUUGAUCGAGAAUUGCUUGCAAUUCUACCUGCUGCUCCUCCAGAAGAAAUCAAAAGCAUUCAAGAGGCAGUUCAAGCUGGAUUCAAUGAGGAAGAUAAAGAAGCAGAACAGUACUAUUAA